UUAGGAAAGCAAAAGUGAAUUAAAGUUAGUUGAGGAAUUAUAUGGGGCCUUUGGGAAUAUUAAUGUAUGUUAUGGCCUUGCUUGUGAUGGGAUUGAUCCACUAUCGCGUGUACCGAUGGAGGAACCCUAAGUGCAACGGGAGGCUGCCUCCUGGUUCCAUGGGACUUCCCCUCAUCGGGGAGACCAUCCAGUUCCUCAUUCCCAGCAAAUCCAUUGACAUCCCUCCUUUCAUCAAGACCCGGAUCAUGAAAUACGGCCCGAUUUUUAAAACAAGCUUGGCAGGCCUCCCUGUGGUAGUUUCCUCGGACCCGGAGUUUAACUACUACAUACUACAACAAGAAGGAAAGUUGGUGGAGUUUUGGUACUUGGACUCUUUUGCCAAGCUCAUAGAUCUGAGAGGCUUGGGAAGAGAUGGGGAGUCAACCCCGUUAACUUCCAUCGGUCAUAUCCACAAGUACAUGCGAAACAUGGUUCUGAGUCAAAUAGGAGCGGAAGCUCUACGAAAAAGGAUCCUCCCUGACAUGGAAGAAACUUGCCAGAAAGCAUUGGUGGACUGGUCCACUCAAGAAUCAUUGGAUGUAAAGAAAGCCACAUCUUCGGUCAUAUUUGAUUUUACUGCAAAGCUUCUAUACGGAUUUGAACCGGAGAAGAACAUGAGCGAGAGGUUCAGUUACAUAUUCCAAGGUUUACUGUCGUUUCCGCUAAAUAUUCCAGGAACCGUUUUCCAUAAGUGCUUGAAGAUCUAUCUAGCAUAUGAUGAACUGACUCAAAUUUUUAUCCAGAAUCAAAAGAUGGGUCUGAAGUUGAUGAAAGAUCUCAUGGACGAGAGACGGGCUAUGCCUGAGAAACACAGAGGGGAUUUCUUAGAUCAAAUCCUCGAUGGGAUGAAGACAGAAAGCUUCCUGUCCGAUGAUUUUUCUGUGUUGGCAAUGUUCGCGAUCCUAUUAGCAAGUUUCGAUAUAAUAUCUUCCAGUUUAACCCUUGCCCUCAUGUUUCUCACGGAACAACCUAUGGUUGUAAAAGAAUUAGAGAAGGAGCAUGAAGAAAUACUUCGAAAUAGAGAGCAGCGAGAAGGUGGGCUGACUUGGAAGGAGUACAAAUCAAUGAACUUCACAAUGCAGGUUGUGAACGAAUCAUUGAGAAUGUUAAACGUUGGACCAGGAAUCAUGAGGAGGGCUAUCAGAGAUAUUCACGUCAAUGGAUACACAAUUCCUGAGGGGUGGACAAUCGUGAUCGCUCAAUCAGCUCUUCAACUUAACCCUGAGACAUAUGAUGAUCCACUUUCCUUCAACCCAUGGCGAUGGAAGAACUUAGAACCGACUGUUGUGGCAAAAAGUUUCAUCCCCUUUGGCGGGGGGGCAAGAAUGUGUGCUGGAGCCGACUUCACUAAGGCAUUCAUUGCAGUUUUUCUUCACCACCUAAUCUCAAAAUACAGUUGGGAGAAAGUCAAGGGAGGGGAGAUAAUCCGAUCUCCAGUACUAGGGUUCGGAGAUGGAUUUUACAUCAAGAUACGUUUCAUUGUUAAUGGAUUAUGGGCCGCUUGGUCUGUAUUAAGUUGUUAUGAAAAUAUUGUCACCAUUUUUGUAAUAUUUGAUUUUGGUGCAAAGCUUCUCUGUGGAUUUGGACCGGAGAAAAACACAAGCGAGACGUUCAAUUUCCUUAACCAAGAUUUAAUGUAUUUUCCGCUAAACAUCCCAGGAGCCACUUUCUACAAGUGCUUGAAGAUUCAAAAGAUGGCAAUGAAGCUGAUGAAGGAUCUCAUAGUCAUGGAUGAUGAGCUUUAUUCACAAAGAAUCAUGAGGAGGGCCAUUGGAGACAUUCACGUUAAUGGUAGCACAUUAUAUAUAAAUGGAAAUAUAAGUUUGGAAAUGUCGGAGAUGCUGUACAUGUGA